AUGAUCGCUACGAACAAAAACGGGGAAACAGAGAAGAAUAAGAUAGCAAAGUUUUUGUGGCUCAUUGGAGAGAGGGGUCUGGAAAUUUACAACAACUUAUUUCCCAACAAUGGUGAUGUUGACAGUUUGUUCGGUGCUGCUGCUAUUGGAGGUGCUGGUGUUGCUGGAGUCGCUGAAGGAGCGGAGGCUGUCGGAGGCAAUGUCAUUGACGGUUUGCAAGUACAGCGCACACUAGCGCGAGUGAUCGAUGCAUUUGAUGGAUAUUGCCUCCCACGUAAAAAUGUUGCGAUGGAGGCAUUUAAGUUCAAUAUGAUCACCCAGAAAGAAAAGCAACCGUUUGCUGACUUUGAAACAGCACUUCGAACACAGCUUGCUUACUGUGAAUAUGAAUGUUCAGCGUGUCAUGCAUCAUAUGCAGAUCGGAUGUUGCGGGACAAAAUAAUAAUCGGUGUUCAAGAUAAAAAACUACAGCUCAAAUUAUUAGAUGGGAAGGAUGAUCCGUUAUCGAAAAUUGUGGAGACUUGCAAAAUUUUUGAAGCGGCCGCAGAGAACAAGCAAUUGCUCGACCAGAAAGUUGGGUACAGCGAUGUGCAUGCGGUUAUAGAAUCAUCAUCCAAGGAAAUUAAUGAAGUCGCGGUUAUCAAAGCUGCUGCUUGUUAUAACUGUGGUCAACCGUACAGCGUACGUCACCGUCGUUACUGCCCAGCCAUUAAUAUUAAUUGUGACUUAUGUGGACGUCUCGGACACUUCAAGAAAUUUUGCAGAGCGGCGAAAACGGGUAAGAGCCAAGAUAACCGAGGAAAGCCUGGUACGUCAAAGCAAGUUUUAACCAGUAAAGCCGUCCACAGUGUGAACUGGAAGAAUGCAAAAUAAAUUCAAACAUGUUGUCAGGUGAGGUGGCACGCGUCAAAUGAAC